GCAUGUCUGACUCUGCAGGGUGGGAGACAAUCAACAGGUGUGAACAUCACAGAUGAUUCACUAUCUAAAAGUGCAUGUUAACCAGGCAGAGGGAAUAUUAGAAUAAUAAUAAGAAAAAUUCAGAAACAAGCUUUUUGCAUUUGUAGUGUCGUUGCUCAGGUUUUUGCCAGCCAAUAAAACAUAACACAUAAAGCUGCACAUCUUUCAGGACUAGAAAUAGUGCAGAUGACUCAUCAUCCCAGGCAUUUGCGAUGACACUUGGUACACUUUGUAGCUUAGCAUUAAAUAAUAUUUGCUAGUUCAGCUACACCACAAACCUCAUUGGCUCGUCAGGCGGUUCAGCAAACUUCAUAAUGAGUGAAAAAACACAUCACAAAGUUCCCCUUUAAUUGCUUCCUUUUCUGUCUUUUGAUGUGAAGGAAGUAAAUGUGUGUUCUACUUGUAGUAGACAUGGCGGGCAGUGUUGCAAAUGAAUCAGCAGGUCUGCUUUAUGGCAAGAUCGGAUUUACUUAUUUAGUUUUUGCAUCACGUUUGCAUUCACUAGAUUAGAAAAAGUAUUAAGAAGCAUCUUAUCAUUAAUGGUAAAUAAUUCUGUUUUGGAUUUACAAAAAUGUACUAUAUUAAAAGAGGUGUCUAUGAAGAUUCUCAGUCAUCCAGGUCAUAGUUAUCCAACGAAGGUUGAACUGAAGAAGUCCUUUGGAUGAGGGACGAAAUGUCUUCCAGUAUCUUCAACCAAGUCCAGUUGCCCUUGAUUUCAACCUUCGUUGGAUAUUAAAAUAGACUUUGCCAUUAGAAUAUGAGAUUACACAAACCUCUACUGAACAUUAAACCCAUAUGGCAGAUCCAUGUUCAAGUUUGUAGACGUCAUGUUUGAAGUGGUGAAGACAUAGUUCAGUUUGUAGGCGGUCUGUUGUUGGACUGAGUUUGCUGUCCAGCGUGUUUUGGUAGCAGUCUGCUUUGUUUUCGGCAUGUUGACUUUCAGUAUCAACCAGUUUGGUGUGUGUGUGUGUGUGUGUGUGAUCCUAGAAGUCAAGACAUUAGAGGCCACUGAUGAAGAAAUAAAACUCCCAGAAGACGAGACAGCAGAGGAGACUGCUGAUAGAAAGAACACAACUCGAGACCGUCCUGCCAGAGGUGUCAGGCUGCGCUCCGCCCUGAGGGAGGAGCUGAGGCUGAUCCACGAGAAGAUGGAGGCCAAGAGGAUUGCUCGCAUCGCUCUAGCCGAGAUCAGGGCCUUCCUCGCUGAAGAAGAGGAGGAGAGGGAGGCGGCCUGGGCGCUGAAGACGAAGGCGCUGGAGGCUGCCCAGGAGCAACUGAGGGAGGAGAGGAGGAGGCAGGAGAAGGCGGAAAAGGAGAAGAAGGAAAAGGAGGAGAAAGAGAGGAUUGAAAAGGAAAGGAUAGAAAAGGAGAAGGCGGAAAAGGAGAAGGCAGAGAAAGAGAGGAUUGAAAAGGAAAGGAUAGAAAAGGAGAAAGCGGAGAAGGAGAAGGCGGAAAAGGAGAAGAUGGAGAAAGAGAGGAUUGAAAAGGAGAAGAUGGAGAAAGAGAGGAUUGAAAAGGAGAAGGCGGAGAAGGAGAGGAUUGAAAAGGAGAAGGCGGAGAAGGAGAGGAUUGAAAAGGAGAAGGCGGAGAAGGAAAGGAUAGAGAAGGAAAGAAUUCAAAAGGAGAAAGCAGAAAACGAGAAAGCUGAGAAAGAGAGGUUGGCUCGAGUGAAGGCAGAAAAAGACAGAUUGGCCAAAGAAGAGAGGGAACGACUGGAGAGAGAGAGGGCAGAGAAGGAAAAGAUGGAGAGAGAUCGCCUGGCUAUUGAACGACAGAGAGCAGCCAAAGAAAAGGCGGAGAGGGAACAACAGGAGAAAGAAAGACUGGAAAGAGAGAGGGCUGAAAAGGAGAGGAUAGAAAGGGAGCGCAUCGCAAAAGAAAGAGAGAGAAUAGCCAGAGAGAAGAAGAGGGUGGAGAGAGAGAAGGCAGAACAGGAACAGUUGGAGAAGGAGAGACUUGAGAAAGAAUGGAUUGCCAAAGAGAAAGCAGAAAAAGAAAGACUGGAGAGGGAAGCCAAGGAAAGAGAGAGAAUUGCAAGGGAGAAGGAGAGGAUGGAGAGAGAGAGAGCCGAAAAGGAGAGGCUAGAGAAAGAGCGACUGGCCAAAGAAAGAGCAGAAAAAGAAAGGAUAGAGAGAGAACGUAUAGCUAAGGAAAGAGAAAGAAUUGCCAGGGAAAAAGAGAGAGCAGAAAAGGAAAGACUAGAAACAGAGAGACUAGCUAGGGAAAAGGAAAGGAUGGAGCGAGCUGCAAGAGAGAAGGAAGAGAGGGAAAAGAUGGAGAGGGAGCGCCUCGCCAGGGAGAGGGCAAGACAAGCUCAGGAGAAAGAGAGAUUAGAGAAAGAACGAAUUGCGAAGGAAAGGGAGAGAAUCGCCCGGGAGAAGGAGAGAAUCGAACAGGUGAGACUAGAGAAGCAAAGGCUGGAGAACGAGAAGGCAGCGAGGGAAAAGCUGGUGCAUGAGAGGGCUGCGAAGGAGAGAGCGGCUCGAGAGAAGGAGCUGAUGGAGAGACAGAGGCUCGCCAGGGAGAAGGCUGUUCGGGAUAAGAUCGAGGCGGAGAAGCUGGCGAAGGAGAGAGCGGAGAGAGAACGCAUCGCCGUGAAGGUAGAAAUGAAGAAACUAGAGCCUCUCGAGAGAAAACCUAACGCUUCCCAGCCGAAAGCGCAGACAGCAGAGCAGAAAAGUGGCAGAGCGAGCGUGUCGGCCGUCAGGAGGGAGAAGAGCGGGGGCGGGACGAAGAAAUGACACCGCGGCCUGAAGUUACUAUCUCAUUAAUGGUGCUAGAGCUCUGAUUGGCUGAAGGGUUAAAAGAAGUGAGGAAGAGGAGAGUUUCUUCCUCUGCGACGAUGAUAAAUGACGUGUAAAAUCUUCCGUGACUGAGCAGCUGAAUCUUCACUUCACAGAAUAAGGAAAGUUUAGUGGACAGUUCAUUUUACUUCACAGCAGAAGGUUUUCUUGCUUUAAUCGCAUAAAAUAUUUGCUAUUAACUAAAUAUUCUGAAGAAAAUAAUGUGUGAACAAUAAAGGUCUUCGUAAGGGACAGGGUGGCAAUUAUUUUGUUUUAUUUCUCACACCGCAGACCUGGCUCAUUUUUAGAGACCGACAUCAUCCUCUCAACUGUAAACAUCGUGGUUAGUAAACUAUUUUUGUAUUUGCAGAAAUAGCUGUGCUCACCUAGUGUAGCUUCCUGAUGACAUUAGCUAAUGUCCCUCGUUAACGACGAGAGGCAGACCGAUAUGGGAUGUUUAAGACCGAUACAGAUUUUAAAAUCUGUCGGAUUUUAUAAUCCGACAUAUCGAUCGAUAUUAUUUUUUUUCCCCCCCUUCUUUUCAGAAACACCGAGGUAACAUGAUGCAACUUUAUUUAUUGUUAGAAAUAGUACUUUGGACAAAAGUACAACAAGAUAUAUUGCACGUUGAAUGAAUAACGAACAUGUAUAAAUAAAAAAAGACCGUCUUUUCUUUUCAACUGUCGUUCAUCAGCUGUUAUACUGAUUUAUCUGCUGUUGAUAUCAGAAAACCAAUUUAUCAGUCCGGCUCUUUAACCAGUAAUACAGUUAUUUAUUCUUACCACGUUGUUCUGAUACUCAGUAGAAAUUGUUCUGAUACUCAGUAGAAAUUGUUCUGAUACUCAGUAGAAAUCUUGAAAUGUUAAAAAGGCAGGUUAAAAAGUGAAGAGUGUAAACAUAAAUACUCUCUUCUAAACAGUCUCUCUGUCCACUUCCUCCUCUUUGUUGGGUUGAUGUAUCUGUAGAAAUGUUUAGAUUUUAGUUCUGACUUUUGAUUUUGGUGAAAUAAACAUGUGACUCUGAGGAGCA